AUGGAUAAAUUAUGUAGGAGAAAAUUAUGGACGAAUUAUUAUGAAGGUGGACAGACAUUAAAAGCGGCAAAAGAUUCAACUGUAUCAAAAACUACAGGAAAAUAUGAAGAUGAUUGUAUUGUUAUUGGGAUCUGUGUCGUUUGUUGUAAUAGCCUUUGUAUUGGUGUUGGAUUUGAAUUUGGGGCUGCCGUUAUUAUAGUUGAUGAUAUUUCUGCUCCUGUUACUAUUUCUUGA